UACAUAGAUACGAAUAUCGCUCUCUCUCCUGUCUCUUUCCGUCGCCGAUUGGUUGACGUUUAACAUAACCUCGAUUUUGUGGUAGUCAAGUUGUUGUAUACAUAAAAACAAUAUGAACUUUUUAAAAUUUUCAAAAAGAUGUGUGCGUUUGUUAAAGUUUCAGCAAUUGAGACAAAAUGCUAGAACAUUGUUCACCGUUGAAACGCUAGAUUUGACCGCUUACCAAAAUAAUAGACAAGAGGCAUUUGAUAAUGUUACUGAGCCCAAUAAAUUUAAAUGGGAACUACAAGCAUAUGUGGAAAACGAGAGUGAGAUGGAUGCGCUUCGAUUGAAAGCUGCUUUGGAAGUGUUAGCACACUUAGCAAAACCAGAGGAUAUAAAUUUGAUAAAGAGCACAUUGUAUGCAUUUGAUUCCAUUGAAAGUGCAACCGAUAAAGCAAAACGUUCCAUCGGAAAUUUAGUGAUGAAGAUGGUUUAUUCAAUGAAUCUGCCAGAUGUUGCGAUUGAGCUAUACAAUGAUCCAAAAUUGAGCGAAUUUUUCGGCGGGUUCAAAUCCACCUUAAUUUGUCUAGACUGUCUAUAUGUAAAUGGAAAGUAUGGUGAAAUUUUGAAAAUUGAUUCGAAAAAACGACAACACCUUUGGUCGACUAGAACAAACUUUACAAAAUUUAUUGACGUUCUAGUUUUCGGUGCCAGUUACAAAUUAAAUACAGCCGAAUCUUUUGAAUAUGCUAAAAACUUAUGGUCCAAUGUUGGGCAAUCAACACAGUUCAGAAGAUGCGUAGCUUUCAUUGCAGCCCUAGCUUUAAAACAAGAAAAACCGUCUCUGGCCGUUCAAAUCUUAAAAGAUUCCGAUUUUACAAAUCUCACCGAACAAAUAAAAUUAUUGGCUUUGGCUGAUUUGGGAUAUGCUAACGAAAUCAACGAAGCACUUGCAACGUGGAUCAAUGAUGAAAAGUUCUCUAAAAAAUAUAUUUCAACAGAUGUUCUUCAAAGAAUUCAACAGCGAAUGAAACAUAAUUCAACAGCAAACACCCAGGUCAAGUUUCAAGAGAUUUAUGACGAACUCAUUGCAAAUGGGCGCAUUACAAAUGAGACUCUAGAUGAAAUAUUGGACAAACCUAUAUCACCACGAGUUGGAAUAAGAGGAAAACGAUCUAUCAAGCCCAAUAUAAAUGAAAUUUUAGCUGAAGAGCUGCGGAGAUGAAAUCACAACAAAAUCCUUUGAAUAAAUGUUCAAAUUAUGAUAAAAACUACAAAAUAUAGAUUUUUACAGUAUAUA